AUGACGGUCGCGAGCACCUAUUACUCACAAGAUCAUUUGGCACCCGGACGAAAGCUCACCCCAGAGCCGCCGCCCAACGCUGCCUCCACCCAUCAUUACCCCAACAACAACACCCCUAAGAUGCAGUCAACUAUUCGGACGGUUCCUAGUUUUGAAGGACCUUUGUCGGAUACCAGCUCCGAUACGCCAUCCGUGACAACCAAGACCUCGGCCUUUUCGAGCUCUGUGACGAGUAACGCCAGCGCAAUCUCCAUGAUGAGCAACCACGACGACGAUAGCAUGCCUACAUUUUCGUCGUCCCCGACCCCUCUAUCCCGCACGAGCAUGAUGCCCAGUACCACCAAUGCGCCAACGAACCCUUCCGACUCCCAAGACCAACAAUCUUCCCAACCAUGGGACUCGACAAUCGGCAAGGCUGGACUAGGCAAGACGGGUCGCGUGAUCAACAAGCUUGUCGGUGACAAUGAAGCCCUCAAGCGAGAUAUCAAAAUCGAGAGACUGCGCGCCGACGAGGCCAAGCAGGCGGCAAAACUGGUAGAGGACAAGAUGGAGCGCUUGAUCCAGGAUUACGAGAGCCGCCUCCUCGAGGCGAACGUGACCAAGACGCUGCUUGCCCGCAAAGAGCGCCAGGUCGAGUCGCUCAACGCCACCAUCGAGCUGGAACGGAGAAAGGCAUCUGUCGCGCUCGAUCGCGAACGCAACUGGCGUGAGGAGAUGGAGAAGGCCCAACAUGACGCCAAGAUCCAAGUCGAAGACGCCACCGCUCAAGCCUUGCUCAUGGAAGGUCGCUACAACUCCAUCUCAUCCCACUGGAAGGACCAGGGAGAGGAGGUCAAGCGCGCCGCCACCGUGCUCCGCGGCGAAAUUGUAGAGCUAGUCGAGGAAAGGCGCAAAGACGACGAGAAGAUUGCCACCCUCCAGGAGCUAUGCGACCAGCAGGACGGCAAUAUCAAGCAGCUGGUACAUCAAAAGGAGGAUAUUGCCCGGCAGUUUGAGGCGUACAAGCAGGAACAGGAGAAUUGGCUGAGGGACGUCAAGCUCAACGCUCACUCCCGCGAGCAGGAGCAGGAGCGGCUCCUCGAAGAAACGAGACAGACUUUGGCCAAGUUGAAGUGGGCGCUUAAUGUGAAGGAAAACGUUAAAGGAGCGCAGUAA